UCUCAUGAGUCUUGCACAAAGAUACCUGGCCGGACCAACUGUGGAAGCCCAGGUAGCCGAUAUGAUCUUCGAGUUCCUUGACGAUAGUGAGGUGUCAUCAGGAAGUUCAUGCAAUUCUAGUGACCACAACAACAAUCGCGAAAUAGAAGAAGAUGAAACUGUUGGUGAUCCGGAGGAGAACAAAUUGUUUUGGGAAUCUCAAGAACAAGAUCUCGCUGAAUGUUUAUUUAGAACUAGCACAAUUGAGUCGAAAAUAAGGCAGGCAACAAGAGAGAUUGUGAAGGAGAUUAAAGGGGUGGCCGUUUGCGGAUGUGGGUCUGCUACGAUGGCGGUUGAUGGUUGCCGGAGGUGUUUCCAGAGGGUGAUCUCCGACAGGUUGCAACAUGCAGGCUACAGCUGUGGCAUUUGCAAGGCGAAGUGGAUGAAUCUAAAACAAAUCCCAGCAGGGGAACACACCUAUAUAGAAGUAUUGGACAAUUCAAACUCUAAAAAAGGGGUUACAAGAGUGAUUAUUGAGUUAAAUCUACGGACAGAAUUCGAGAUGGCCAAGGGUAGCCAAGAAUACAACCAUCUAAUAAGCCGGCUACCAGAACUAUACGUCGGAAAAACAGAAAGACUUGAAUCAUUGAUCAAGAUACUAUGCUUGGCAUCGAAAAGGUGCAUGAAAGAUCAAAAAAUGCACAUUGCUCCAUGGCGGAAGCUCAAAUAUAUGCAAGCUAAAUGGCAUGGAGUACGUGAAUCUGAAUCGGGUUUGUCUCCUGAUAUCUUGCCGAUUGUUGAGCGUUCUAGACGUUUGUCAAGGCCAAUGGUUUCAUUGCUUACCUUUGAUUUGGUUGAGAACUUGAGCAUGUCAUCUAGUCUACAUAAAUGGCAAUUAAUAACAGAGGCUUGUUGAGGAUGAUUUGGAGAUUGCUAGUAUAAGAUGUAGUUUUAGGAGAUGUUUUGGUGGAUGAGAAAAAUAAAGAGUUGGUUCAUGCUUUCGUUUCUAUGUAUUGUUUCUCACUUCUAUAUUAGUUAAAGAUAAGAUGUAGAAUCGUAACACACUUUUGUCUUUGAAUAAAACUUAUAUAUAUUCUACUAGUUAGGUGCCCGCGCGAUGCGGCGGGAGCGA